AAAAAAGGCGUUUCGUAUUUGAGGUCACUCAUGAGAGAAGUUACUUCACUGGCUACUAGUUCGUCCUCAGUGAAGGGCAAUUGUCAGUAACUUAAGUUUUGAUUAAUACUUCCGUAAACUUUGCAACAACAAGUCGUAUUCAAGUCAACCAGAGCCCAAAUUGGAAGAAAAGAUUCGUUCAAAACAUUGAAACAAAGAACCCACAUUUCAACAUACAAUCAAACAUUCUUAUUUCAUCAAGUUUACAAAAUGGAGUCGUUUGUAAGCAAGUGCCCGUUCCUUACUCGUGUUCCAAGCAAUUUUCUAAGGAAAGCUGGGCAGUCUGUGGUGUCUUAUGCUCAGCGUUGUCCAGUAAUGUCUGAGUAUAUGACCAGAUAUGCUGCGCAGAUUACUAUGCAAGGAGCAAGGUUUUAUUCAACCAGUGCCAAUCCUGGUGGUCUACUGGAUGUUAACGCAGCAAAACCUGCCGACUCUCCUAAGCCCUCGCUCCCUGUCGCUCACGAGGUGGCGCUGUCUGCAUCCAAGGAUCCCGGGAACCUCGGUUUUCGAUGUCCGUUCCUUAACAAGGAUGCGGAGGAGGACAUGUUUGUGGAUGCGAUGCAGGAGGCUCAGGAAGAAGAGGAAUUGUUCGAAGAUGCGCUGGAUAAUUACAAGUUUUCUGAUAGCGUUAUCAGCACCAUUAAAGGUGGUAUUGUGACGUCACAGUUGGACGUGAUCACGUGCACUUCUCUCAACCAAUCAACAGAGAGCGGUCCAUCUUUUGAUUACGACGGGUUUAUGGAAAAGAAGAUACAAGCGAAGAAAGACGAUCAUUCUUACCGCGUGUUUAAGAAGGUGAACAGACGUGCUGAUACUUUCCCAUUUGCUGAGGAUCACACCACCCACGACCAACAGAAGGUAUCGGUAUGGUGCAGCAACGACUACCUUGGUAUGAGCCGUCACCCCAAAGUUAUUGAAUCUAUCGUCUCCACCAUCGGGAAGUACGGAGCAGGAGCAGGAGGAACACGCAACAUCUCCGGGACCUCUUCCUUGCAUCAGGAGCUGGAGGAAGAGCUUGCUGAUCUUCACGCAAAACAAUCAGCUCUUCUCUUCUCCUCUUGUUUCGUAGCAAACGAUUCAACUCUCUUCACCCUUGCCAAGAUGUUGCCAGGUUGUGAGAUCUACUCUGAUGCAGGCAACCACGCAUCCAUGAUCCAAGGCAUCAGGAACAGUGGAGUUCCAAAGUUUAUCUUCCGUCAUAAUGAUCCUGAUCACUUGGAGGAGCUACUGAGCAAAUCUGACCCUUCAACUCCGAGAAUUGUUGCGUUCGAGACUGUGCACUCCAUGGAUGGCGCUGUAUGCCCACUGAAAGAGCUCUGUGAUGUAGCACAUAAAUAUGGAGCAAUUACUUUUGUUGAUGAAGUACAUGCUGUUGGUUUGUAUGGUGAAAGGGGAGCUGGUAUUGGGGAGAGAGAUGGAUUGAUGGAUGACAUUGAUAUUGUUACCGGGACCUUGGGCAAAGCAUUUGGUAACGUGGGUGGUUACAUUGCAAGCACAAGUUCAUUGGUUGACACAGUAAGAAGUUACGCAGCUGGUUUCAUCUUCACUACCGCUCUUCCUCCAAUCAAUCUCGCUGGAGCGCUCACGGCAGUCCGCAUCCUUAAAUCCAAGGAAGGGAUUGCUCUGAGAGCAAAACAUCAGAGGAAUGUGUCAAUGAUGAGGAGGAUGUUGCUCGCUGCCGGACUUCCUGUUGUUCAUUGUCCGAGUCAUAUCAUCCCUAUUAAGGUUGGCAACCCUGAAAAGAACUCUGCUAUCAUGGAUAUUAUGAUGAAGAAAUACAACAUCUACGUUCAAGCCAUCAACUAUCCUACUGUACCAAGGGGUGAGGAGAUGCUUAGAGUUGCUGCCACACCAGGUCACACUGUCCCUAUGAUGAGGUACUUUGUGAGCAGUCUCCGCAGCGCCUGGGCUGAGGUUGGUUUAUGUGGUAAAGAAAGUCACCCAACUGAAACAUGCGAAUACUGCCAAGCACCAAUCCAGUUCGAGAUGAUGUCAGCUAGGUUGAAGCUCGUCAUGCCCAUGAGGCAACCCAUCCUGGCUUGUGCUUAACCACUCAAAUAAUACCAGCAGCAAAAAGUUUCUCUGAAUGUAAUAUGCAAUAGAAUUUCCGAAAAACCAAAUUCUUAUUUAAAUCCCAAAAGUUUUUUUUUCUUAGCAAGUACAUUGUGAAUUAAUUGCACUUUUCUAUCCAAAACUUCUGAUUGAUAAAAAGUAUUUGUUUUUUUUGUGGUUACUGUUUGUCCUUCAGAAUAAGAGAGAUUAAUUUUCACAUAGUAUAUUUUCUGCUUGUAUAUGUCUGCACUAACAGCAAAAUACUAUACCCUCAAAUUGUACAUUUAUAAAACGGUAUACCAUGCAUAAAUUGUCAUUAUUUAAACCUAAAUUCUCAUUUUACCAAAAUUUGUAAAUUUUUGAAAUGCGUUACCUAAACAUACAAAAUUCAGCUUAGUUAUUGAAAGUAAUGCCAUCAUAUGGCACAAUCUCAUUAUCUAUUUAAAUAUUAAUUCUUAAUAUAUAUGUGUAUGUUUAUUGGUAGAUACUAACAAGAAAUACAUUGCUGCAAUCAAA